GUAGAAAUAUUAUUCUAUUUCUUCAUUUCAGUUUCUUCGUACAGUUCCUUCAUACAGAACUGCUUGGAUUCCCAUAAUGCUGUUCGCGCACACUAUGGCGUUCCAGCCCUUAACUGGUCAUCGGAAAUUGCUGUCGGUGCACAGAAAUGGGCCAAUCAUCUUGCAGGAAUAGACCAGCUUCAACAUGACUCCACAGCAACAGAAGGAGAAAACUUGUUUUACAUGUACGGAGGAGACCCCGAACAGGCCUGCGACAGGGCUGUAAAGAAUUGGUAUCAAGAAGUGAAGAAUUAUGACUUCCGGUCCCCACACCUGGAUGACAGUACUAGUAAGUGUGUAUAAUCCCUUCAGAUUCCCAUUCGUGGUACCUGUUCGUUUCCUAAAGAAGUAGUGGGAGAAUUUGUUGAAGUAUCAUUUAGAUUCAUUGUGUUACCAUUUCCUUAAUUUAGGUCACUGAUGUGUUUUGUAAAGUAUUGAUAUUCUAAGGAGUCAUUUGACGCUGAUCACUCUCAGGGCUUAAAGGGUAAAUAUUUAACAGUUAAUGAAUGAGGCUGAGUAUCUUAUGAAGAAUUAUGGAAAUCGAGGAGGGUGUGUCGCCCUUCCAGUUGUCUUCUUGCUGUUCUUGCCAUGUUUUUAGCAAUUAUUUCGCCUAGUUCUUACCCUAGAAACGAGUGAAAUGUUUUCUACAACCAAAACAACUUAACCUCGUCCCCAGGUCUUCUCGGUUAAUGGUGCAUUAACCUGAAAAAACGCUGCAUUUUUGACGUCAUUUCCUCGCUAAACACAAAAUUCUUCCAAAUUUGAUCAUCAGCAACUGGUUAUGGUGAAUUAUGCGUGUGCUUUAGCCAAUCAGGAUCCGGGUAAUAAUUUGAAUGAAUAAUAAUUAACAAUUAUUGGAUGAGGCUGAGUAUCAUGUCAAGAUUUAUGGAGAUCGAGGGGAGUGUUAUCCGCCGAGGCCGUAUAAUUCCCUCUGAAAAAGCCGAAUUCAAUAAUUGUUUUAUUAUUCAUUCAAAAUAAUUCCUAGUUUAAAAACAAGCUAGAACAUGCUUACCUCUAUCGAUGUUUAAUAAGUUCAUCUUCGAUAGAGCAUGUUUAUCGGCAAGUUUCAAGAUAAAGGGUUGUUCAGUACUGCAAACAUUCUCCAAAUAGCAGAUGUCUUCCGUCGAGUUGUCUUUAUGUUUUUAGCCAAUAGUUCGCAUAUUUUUCCUCGUGAAACGAGUGAAAUGCUCCGCCAUUUUGUACUCACUACCAAAACAACUCAACCUCGUCGCCAGGUCUUCUCGCUUAUCUGUUCAGUUUUCUGACCAUUAUGCUGCACAAUUGACAUCAUUUUUCAGAUAUCGCAAAAUUCCUCCAAAUUUGGUCGACUGUAGCUGGUUAUGAUGAAUUAUGCGUGGGAUUUUAGCCAAUCAGAAACGGAGAAAUAUUUUGAAUGAAUAAUAAUGAUUGUCAGUGACAAUUUUAAUCAGUGUCAUCUCUUCUUUCAAACCUAAUAACUUGCAAUGGAGAACUACGUUCAGACUUCAGUGAAUAGAACGAUAUUCGCUGGAUACUACAGUGGAACCUCGAUACAACAAACCUCAAAUAAAAAUCGAAGUCCUAGGUAUAACGAACGAUAUUCUUAGUCCCAGUAACAGUAAAAAAUAUGGAAGAGAACCUCGAUAUAACAUAAACCGGUAACACAAAAAACGUCUGUUAAAUCGCCCCUCCAAAUAUAAGCCUCCCGGGGGCUUGUACUUGGAAAAUUGCCUUCAAAUACAAAGUAAAACAAAGCAAAAACGGUAAAUAUACCUCCAACUAUGAGGCUAGGCCAAUCGAUUUUGAAACACAAGUUUCCCUCCGUAGAAAAGCCCCUCCGAAUAUAAGCCCCUCCAAAAAUAAGCCCCACAAAACGGGCCUUUGAAAAAUGUAAGCCCCGGGGUUAUUUUCGGAAUUUUCCGGUUAUUAUGCCAGUCCCUAGGUCCAUCGUUACAUGGAGGUUUCACUGUAAUGUGAAAAUUCCCCCCUCCCGGGGGGAGGGGGGCAUUCCCUUAUUUGGACUUGACGGGUAUGUGCCGCUGAACAGGGUAUACAAUUUGACUAUUUAGAGUCUUUAACGGGGUGUGUUUUUGGACCUGAAGCCUUUCACAGGGUGUGAAGGUCGGUGAUGAGCGGUCUACAUGAGUGGUGCCAACAUUUUUUUUCUAAAAGAGUAAAAAUUCAAUGACGUUAGUUUGAAAAAUAAUGGUAAUCAAGUAAGAACGCGAAACGAAAUGACUAAGGGUCAUAGAAUAAGGUCUCUUGUCUUAAACCGGGUAGAAAAAUAAACAAUUUUUGUCUUAACCCUUUAAGCCCGAAUAUCCACAUACAAAUUCUCCAAACUGAUCUCAAUUCAUUUCCUUAAGAAUAAGUUGAGAGAAUUUGUUCAAAGAUCAAAGCAUUUUCCCUAAGGGUGAUCAUUUUAUUUAUUCUCAUAAACUUUUCUUUGAAUUAUGUAUGGAUAUUGUUAGGGGAAAAUUGAUGUUCCUCACUCUUGGCACUUAAAGGGUUAAACAGGGUCAGGGUUUGAAGGCCCCGGCGGCAGACGCUGGCUAAGUUUCCCAUAAGUCCCAUAAGUGCCAUCUCUUUUGAAGUUACGCACGCCAGAACUCGGCAAUUCGUGAGUAAAAGGUUGGGAGCUUGUCCUCGGGCAAUUGGGUGGACACCUUUUCCUUUUGUGUCGGUGUUUUCUGUUGGAGCAGAGGCACUUUGACCACAAUCCACUAGGCGCUAUGCAACCCCGUAACUCCCAGCUACCCUCAGGUCUAACGGAUAAAAGCUGAAGCAACUCAUCUACAGAUCAUGUACCUGGCACCCGGUGUAAAAAAAACAGCAUUUUGUGCCGUUAUCUAGUCUCUAAUUCUCGGGAAUCAAGUGGUAACGAUAUGAAAACCACUAUAACGAUCGUCAUUUAUCAGUGCCUGAUCCUAAUGAUGAUCAAAUGAGCUCAACUGAUGUGCCAAUAAGUGACGAACUGAUGGUUUGAAAACUCAUCUUCGCUUUGUUAAGUUAUUCAACCUACUUCUUUCUUUCUAAUCUAAAACUCUACUCCAACAUGUAAAAGUCACCUGAUUUGAACACGUCAUAUCAUCCAGCAUUACUUAACACUAACCAACUUUGGCCCAACAAUCUAACAAAGGGCUUCAAACUCAGACUGAUCAGCAGCAAAAAUUUUAACGGUUUGUUGAUAGCAGUCAAAGGAGUGUCUAUUUACUAGCAAGAACUGGCAAUUACUCAAUCUACAUCUGAUACAGGGUUAGACCUCUUGAAAAACAGCGACGAAUUUCUCUCUCAACAGAUCAUUUCAGUCAGCUAGUUUGGCGAAAUUCCAAAGAGCUAGGAAUUGGCACAGCACAGAGCAAAUCCGGGAACUUCUUUUUGGUAGCUCGAUACAGCCCACCUGGAAAUAUUAAUGGUGAAUUUAGCGAUAAUGUACCCGCUGUGGAAGAACAAUUUUCAGACGAAUACAGACAGGAAGAUAGCAACAAUGAUAUAAAUCCAGGUAAGAUAGGAAAACUGGGAAAAAUCCUGCAGUUCAUAAAAACACUCAUUAUAUUUAUCACCGAAUCGCCACUUCAGAAACGAGAAGGAACCUGGCUCGAGUUGACUUUCGCAAAGACUUCUGGGACUGUUGCUAGGGGCAGGGGAAAAAUUGGCCAAUAGCUGACUGACAGGUACCUAGUAACGAUCCCAGAAACAAAUGCGAGACGUAUUUCGGCUCCAGUUCCCUUCUGCUUUCGAAAAUGGCGAAAACUGGAGAAAAAGGGUAGCAGAGCUAAGCUUUCUACAUAGUUAUUCCUUUGAAGUUAGUUGUAUACAUAGUUACGGGAAUUUAAGAUUUUAAAACAUUACAAAUUUUCAGCGGAUUGACAUAUCUAAAUUAUUGGUUAAAUUUUCUAACCUUUGAGAAAAGGCUUUAUUUAUACCCUUAUUUGUUAUUCCAUAAUUAUAAUAAAAACAACAUGCUGAAAUGCUGCCAUGUUCCCGACAAAAUGUUAAAAUCUGAAGAAUUAAUUGUAGAAAGAAACUCCAUAAAACUCUUAAUAUAAUUCUCUUUGUUCAAUAUCUCUGGCCAAGAUUGAUAGGAAAACCGUCAUUGAUACUGAUUUAUGCUUUUUAAAUCUUCUCUUAAGGUCAAGACGGAUCUUCAUCCCCGAAGCCGAAUGUUAUUUAUUUCAAGGAGAUUAAUGUUGAUUCGAAUGCACAGGGGCCGGAAAAUGCAACAGAACCUGACCGUUCAGCCCCACAGCAGUAUGAUAUGCAAGGUAAAGCUGUGGAAAACAGUCAGGACUCUGCAAAGAACCAUCCUGCGACACAAGAAUCAAACACGCAGUCGUCACGUGAUGAGGCAGGAGAAGGACAAAGUCCUCCGAAGGAAGAUCAGAGUUCUCCUCAGAACCCUUUAAAUGGAAAACCAGCUGACAAAGGCGACAAAACAAAUGCACAGCAGAGCGAAGGUUCCACAAAUGUAGCUCCAGUAAACGAAGUUUCCGAUCACAAGCAAACCCGACCAUUUUAUCCUGAAUCUGAGUCUGCUGAUGUGAAACCGAGGCCGAAUGAAACAAAAAAUGUGGGGGCAGAAGUGCAACAGAGCAAAGAAGAGACGAAGGGGAAGGACGAAGCACUCGAAAAAGUAACACAAUUACCACAAAAUUAUGAGCGGCCGAAAAAGCUUCAUGAACCACCUAAGACAGACCUCACAUAUGUAGAACCACAGGUACCUAAACCACCUCCAAAGAAGGCAAUGCCAGUACCCUUAAAGCUGCCACCAGAAUUGGAGCUUAUGACUCCUAAGCAAGGUAUUCACAUAACUUAAAGGCUCUGAUGAAAGGCUGAGUUUUGUUAGGUCUAACCUCGAUCAAACUCUGUUAGAGGAAGGUUUAGAUGGUAAUAAUCAACUGUUAGGGAUUGCGGACGAGAUCACUAGAAGGUCAAAAUGAUCUUGCCCCAACACUAUGCUUUGUGUAAGUUUCGCGAGGUAGGAGGUCCAAACGCGCGUAACCAGAUGGCUUUCAAUGCGUUCCAUUCACUUUUAGAGACAGUCCAAAGGAAUGAUAUGUUUGCUGCAUAUAUGCCGCUCAUGCGUUGUAGUAUACUUAAAGAUCAGGAUUGCGAGCUCCUCUAAUCGCCUGCAAUUAAUUAACAAUUAAUGAAUGAGGCUGAGUAUCUUAUGAAGAAUUAUGGAGAUCGAGGAGGGUGUUAUCCGUCGAGGCCGUAGGCCGAGGCGGAUGGCACCCUCCGAGAUCUCCAUAAUUCUUCAUAUGAUACGAAAGCCGAAUUCAAUAAUUGUUUUAUUAUUCAUUCAAAAUAAUUCCUAGUUUAAAAACAUAGCUAAAACAAGCUUACCUGCAAAUACAAAUAUUAUCCGAAUAGCAGAUGUCGCCCUCCGAGUUGUCUUCUGGCUGUUUUUGCUAUGUUUUUUGCUAUUAUUACGUGUAGUUCCAGGUGUAGUUUUUACUCUUGAAACAAGUGAAGUGUCCUCCAUUUUGAUUUUCACAACCAAAACAACUCAGCCUCGUUCCCACGGUGCAUAAAGCUGUAAGACCGUUGCAUUUUUGACGUCAUUUCCUCGUUAAAGUCAAAAUUCUUCCAACAUCAGUAACUGGUUAUUGUGAAUUAUGCGUGCGCUUUUAGCCAAUCAGAAUUGGGGAAAUAUUUUGAAUGAAUAAUAAUGAAAAUUAAGUGUUUUUCUUACGAGCGUGAGUGGAGGAAAGUCUAGCUUUGAAUAGAAGCACAUUUUCUAGCUGUUAACAAGAGAAAAGUUAAAGGUAGAAUUAUUGCGGGUAGGAUAUAAACAACAGCAAAAAGGAAAAAUACAUUCCCUUUUUUGACACAACACCAUACACCUUUUUGUAACAGGCAAAGACUUCCGAGUUGAAAUUCGCUUCCCCAAGAUGAACUUCUCCAGUGAAAUGAUGGUGCCAGAAAGUUUGGCUUUUGAAGAAGUGAAAAGAAACAUAACUAGUGCGGUAAGUAAAGCAAACCAAUUUUUCCAGUUGCUGGUUUUGUAGCAGCACCAGAGUUUUUUUGUGAUGAAUGGAAGUGAUGACUGUGAUAUGAUAUGAUCUUGUUGUUUGCAUUUCCGUCAUGUUGCUAGAUCUUAAAUCUUUUCGAUGACAAAGACGAAUUCCUAGAAGCCAAAGUAAUAUCUCUGAGGUAAGAUAACUACUGUUUGGUUUCUUAGGAGAAAAACGUGUUAACCUCGUUUCUUUCGACAACCAAGAUAGCCUGAGCUCGCGUUUCAUUUGCUCUUUCGUUUUAUGUGCCUAAACAAGUAUCUGUUAUGAGUUUAGGCCUUUCGUCUACUCGAUCGCAAAGUCGAGGUAAACAAUUAUUGUAAUGCAACGUUUCCCGAAAGCAGUCUGCAAACGUGUAUUUUUAUCCAUUACAAUUUCUGCUGUGGAUGAGUACUCGUUUGCCAACCUUUGUUAACGCUGACGUUGCAACACAUGCAACAUCACUAAAAAGGUGAAUUCGCACUGCUUUAAACUUUAUCGUGCUUAUUCCAUCUCGUUCAAUUCGUCAACUGUUGAUAAUUUGUUUUCUGGGUUUGAAUUCUAAAAGACAAUAUCGAAGUUCAGGAAAAGAAAAAGAAAGUCGCUGUCUUGUGUUCGCGUCCUCUGCAAAACGUGAAAUAAGGAACUUACACGUCGUAGUCGUGUAGCGUCGGCAAGGAAAUUUUCAAAAAAGCAUGUUUUGCUUCUCGAAUCGUCGUCGUAGCUAUUUCUCCCUACUGUCGAACCAGUGUGCCAUCAAUCCUUCUUCGUUUGCAAUUUACGGCCGGAGAUAAAGUCGAGGUCAAAUAAAAACGCAAAAUAGAGGCCAGUAUCCAACCAUUACCGAAAAAGCUACGAGGAUUUAUUACAUGGCCAAAAAGAAGGCUCUUUCUUGAAGGACCAACACAGAAGAUUCCAAACGUCUAGACAGGCCCAUCUCGCACGCUUGGGUAGGCAAUAAGAACUCAGGAUUUACUUCAUGGUGUCCGCUCGCAGAACCAGUCAUAAAAUAAAUUAUAGCUAACUAGCAACUUAGGGUACACUUGUGUGUUUCCUUUUUCUUUUUCCUUUUUCUAUGCCAUCAAUAAUUUCCCCUUGCCCAUUUUUUUAUAAGUUAUUUGAGCUCGUUCCGUUCUUGUACUUUAAUCACAGAAACGGAAGUGGUGUAAUAGCCACGUUGGGUUUACUUUUCACUAAGGACGCUCCAGGUCACCUCGACCCUCUAACAAGAGCACUACUCGCAGGAAAAAUCGGAGAUAUGCCUGUAGCAUCUAAGUACGAAUCUGCAGGUAAGAAUAAGGCGGCACUGUAUUACGAAUACAGAGGUAUUACAGCUAGGUUACCAUACCUAUAUUAAUACAGGUUUUAUUAUACAACUCGCACCUCCAUGUUUAACCACCACUCGAAAGCGACCACCUCACAUAAGCGGCCACCUAUAACACCAAACGUUUAACCCAGCUAAAGCCUUAGAGUUAGAACCUCUAUAAACAACUACCUCCUGUAAGCGACCGCGACCACUACUUGGGGGCUGACCGCCAAUAUUGUUUUCCAUUGUUUUUCCAUUGUUUUAGACACAAAGACGAUAUGAUGUCAUCGUCGUUAAUGUAUUCCUCCCGAGUUAAUGAGAUUCCUUCUUGUAAAAGAGGGGUUAUCUACUAUACUACUCUUGAAGUAUUGUAGUAGAGUAAUUUUGAAUAAAACCGACUCAUUAUUUGAGGGUUUUCUUUGAUUCCAAUGUGAUUCUAGGGUAUUUAAGUUACACCAAAAAAACCUGACACAGCUCCUUUACUUGUGUGUUUGCUAAUUUUUUUUUUCAGUUGCACUACCCGCUGGAUACCUUAGACUUAAUCUUCCAAUGCAAGAACGAGGCUCCGGAGUAUGCGCACAGCCUUGUUCCCAACCAGAUAAGUGCUACCCCGCGGGGUGUAGUGCGCAGUGCUGUGCAUUCCAACCCCCAUCUUACAAAUACCACCCUCGAGUGUCACCAUCAGUGCUCCCAUCAUGUCCUGGGACAUGUGACGACAGCUGUUUCCCGGAUUGUGAUAAUGAUUGCUGUUCGAACAUGUCGGACUUAUUGGAGACUUCAAAGACAAACGCUGGAUCUCUAGUCGCCGCCCCUCCCAGUAUCACAUGCCCGGGAUCAUGCCAUUUCUUGUGUUAUCCGCAAUGUAGCCCACAAUGCUGUUCUUCGCAGCCCGUGGAAAAUCCGUGUCACUCCUCGUGCCCAGCUUACUGCGCGCCGAGCUGUGAUACUGCCUGUUGUGCAUCUAGGAAAUCCCUUGUUAAUAGGUAUGAUACAUUGUAUGAUGAACGGUUUACUGAUAAACCCUAGUAGAAAAGUCAAAACUAAUGCUUUCCCAUAUUUUGAUUACCGCUAAUUUCCACCCACUUAUAAGCCCAUCUACUUGUAUACAAAAAAAUGCUCCUUCGCUUAUCAGCCCUUCUGAAACCCCGUGCAGAGAUGUAUUAUCCCAUGGCUUAUAAGCGGCAAAAUACAGUAUACUAGUGAGCUUAAAGAAACGACGACGGCGAUGGCUGCGAAAACGUCACUUAAAAAGUGCAUUCGCGCUGCCUCAAACUUUAGGGCGCUUAUUCCGUCUCGUUCAAUUCGUCAAAUGUUGGCAAAUUUUUCUCGAGUUGAAUGCUAAAGGACUGUAUCAAAGUACAGGAAAACAAAAAGAAAGUCGUUGUCUUCUGUUCACGUCCUCUUCAAAACGUGAAAUUAGGAAGUUUCACGUCGUAGGGGUGCAGUGACGGUAAAGAAAUGUACAAAACAGCGUGAUGCACGUGCAAAGUUGUUGUUUUGUUAAUCCAAACCUAUUGCCUUUUUUCCGUUCUCGUUGUCGUCGCCGUCGUGGUUGCUUAAGUUAAAAAAUAAUCAGGGGUGUAACAACCUGAAAGUCGUCGGUAAAGAAGUGCGCUCCUUAAAAAAAUGUUAAGAGAAGUAAAAAUAAAACAGGUGAAAAACAGCGCAAGUGAAACAAAGUGGACAGCCAAUUAGGGAUAGCUAAAACUCCCUAAGUAACUGCAUUAAAUUUCUUUCAGAUAACUUUUCAAAUUGAAAUACAAGAAAGAAUGAGUUAAGCCUAGGCGAAAUGAUCACCUCGAUCCCACUUUCAGAAGACCCGGACGGUGGACACUAUCCCGCGGACGACUCUAUUGAAACAAUGCUCUAUUAACAUUAGAUACAUUUUUAUUUGCCAGCUUUUCCAAGCAAUACAGUCGAUACCGCAGCGCCCAAAGAACAUUAGCAAGAAGCCGUUACUUGAAAAACUUACAAAAGCGACUGAAACUACAGGGAUUGAGAGGCUUGAAAUCUAUGAAACUGGCUCGACCAGUGCGUCCAAGACAGAGGUCCGUCAAACUAAGAGAAGCUCGACUGAGACCAGAAAAUCUGGCACUAGACGAAUAUGACCACAGUAUUAACGAUUGGGCGAAGAAAGGACAGAUUACAAAAAAUAUCCACAGCCUGGGCCAAAGGUCUGGAGAAUAA